AGAAAACUACUGGUUCAAUAUACAGGACUAUAAUCAUGCCAACCCCUGCCUAGGUGAUGUACAUGUGACGAAGGCCGACGCAUUCCCUAUUGCCCUUGUGUAGAUACCAAAACCAAUAUAGCAAAUAAACACCGAGCAGAACAAGCAUGAGCAUCCCAGCAUUGCCAUCUCUCGUUUCCCGGCAUAUUGGGCCGCGUGCUUUCCAUCCUGCUCUACUACCCUUGACAACAAGUCACAUUUUCCUGGCUCUUUUCCUCCACCACCUUGCGGCCUCACAUGUUGGACUCGUCUCCUGUGCAAGCUUCGCUCCUUUUCAGGCAUUUCAAGCAGGAGCAGAAGGUGCGGCUACUGCAACAAGCGAACCAAGAGCGACAAGUAAAAGUGGAGUUCCUGCUGCGGAUAACUUUGGGCCCUUCCAGGGAGCAGCUGCGAAUGCAGGCAUGAAUACAGGCCCAGCUACAAACCACCAGCUUCAACAAAAACCUGCCGCACCUCUCCCCGACCAGCAGCCCAGAACGCAGCUGCACCUCGCGGCACCUCCGAAGCCGCAAAGCCCGGUUUUGAGGGCCGCGUCAUCUGGUACUACUUCUAGCGGAGUACUAGGGAAUGUUUAUGCAGGUGGCCAAGUAGACGACCCAAAGUCUGAUGCAAUUAACGUCGAAGUCGACGAGUUUGUGAUGCUGCACAGCCCGCGGACCCCUGCGGCGUCUUCGCCGCGAAGUUGUGCGUCGGAUUGGCUGGAUGUUGCACCGGAGCAAGGGAACUUUCUCUGCUCCUCCCCGGAGCCAGAAGGGACGAGCUGCCGGAGCGAGCUUGCAGGUGCGCCGGCUAUGGGAAGAAGUUCUUCGGGAAGUUGUGACAGUCAAGACUCGGAGUUGAAUUUGCUUGGCGAUGCACUCCUACAACGAAGAACAUCUACAACUUCCACGUCAGGAGCGGGUUGCUGUGGGGCGUCCGCUGAUAGCAAGAACCCGAAUGAAGAACUCGAAAAUAAAUUCCAGAGUUGUCGUGUGCGUGGGACCAGGAGGCGGCUGUACGAUUGCCCGACCUCCUCCAGCUCGAACUGCUCGAGUGUCGACGUGGACGAGGUACACGACACAGUCGUGGGCAAAGACGCGGGUCAUCGUCGCAAAGAACUUGUUCUUUCGUGCAGCAGCCGCGGCAGCGUCGCACCACAACAAGCCUCGGCAUCCAUCUCAUCAUCUCUGGCCAGUGUCGCUAGGAGCACGUUGCAGCUACCAGUACCAGGAACAGGCAAAGGAGCAGACGCUGCGGUAGCUGCAGCCGGCGAGGUGCAAGAUGAUCCCCAGGCCGCGGCGGCCAAAGGCGAGUUGCAGGCGUACAUCAGUUCCAAAGCGCCCUUGGGAAACGCGCUGCCGUUUACCAGUCUCGGCACAACUACUACCCCUCGGAUGAUAGGCAAAAAGAGGAUGGACAUGGACAUGGAGCUAGACAGUUUACAAGAUCACAAAAAUGAUGAAGUAGAACGGCGCGAGCACAUGAGUACUCAUAAUCAUCUCGAAGAUCGAGAUUCGAUGUUGACAACCCAUCAUGAACAAGAUGCCCAAGACGACAGAACUGCGCUGUACUUUCCCGGGGUUGAGUAUUGGAGACCAGAACCGCGCGAAGAAAUCAGGCUAUUCCCAGCACGUAGUGCUUCUAGAAGCCGCGCAGGUCUUCAACACAGCAAGCAAACGGGUCCGCAGGACAAGUUUUCCCGUGCCUUGCCAACCAUCGCAACCGCGCUGACGAGCAAUAAGAACAGCGCACAGCUCCGGCUACCCGGAUCCCCACCGACGUCUCCCUCGAGGGUCGCGGCAGCAGCGAAAGGGGGAAAAAUUGAUUUGGUGGGUGAGAAGUUCUUCGGCGGUCGUGACGUUGAAGACCACAGAUCAACAACGACUUUUGACAGAACUGAGCAAGGCGACCAAGGCACCAUGCGCGACGCGAACAGUAAAAAAGCGACCCAAGAUCAGGAUCACCCCCUCGACGCACCGCUGGAUGCUUACGAGCGCAACCGCGGCACCUACGUUCCCCCCGAAUUUCCGUCAGCUUCGGAGGCUGGGCUGGGGCAUCACGCUGACCGCUACAGUAGGCAAAACUCCAUCGGUUCUACCGGGUCGCCUAGCAGUUCGAGCAGUUCCGGUUUUUCCUUCGCUGCGGCGUUUACAACUGGACAAGCUUCACGGACGACACCUCGAGGUUGCGGAAGCAGCCAUAAGUCUUACCAGCACAACUCGCAAAGUCAUGACAUGAAUUUUUGUGCGCCUUUCCCAACUUCUUUUUACAACUCCGAAGGUGGCACUCCUACUGCUGCAAUUUCUACUCCGACAAAUGUUGGCCACCACAUCCACAGUGGAAUCAACCACUUGAACCCCUCCGACAAUAUCAUUCGCGGGAAGCACUUGUUUCGCACCGGAUCCGAGCCGGAUAGCUGGAGCUGGACGAGCAACCACGGCAGCGUGCCAGUGACGCAGAUCGAACGGCUGUGGCGGGGCAUCCGGAAUCGGUACCACCGGAUGCCAAGGUUGGGCCAGCCGGACCGGUCGUGGCCGUAUCCCAGUGCGAUGCCGGUCGGGGUUAGUGUGGAUUUGGAGGGAGGAGGUACUUAUCGUAUAAAUAUUUUUUGAUUUACAUAUUAUUAUACAAAAGAGGUGAAUCGAUGCACAUAUUAAUUCUCAUUCUCGUCUGUGAACAACGGAUGGAUCUUCUGUUCAUUUAGGGAAGCCUGAGUACGACCGCUACCGCAUGUUUGGAUGAUCGCGACAGAGACCACGAGACAGAAUCAACACAACCAGGUUCCCAUCCAACAGAGUCCUCUCCUGUUUCCGCAACCGGAUUCUGCCUCGGCAGUCUAUGCAAAAACGCGUGUGAUUGUUUGAAGAAGACGCUCGGCGAACCGGGCUUGGAAGGGGAGCCAGCUACAGGCGUGGCUUGCUCCGACGGAGAAGACGCUGACUGCCUAUCUGUCUGAAAAAUGUACCAUGAUAGAAAACAAAUUCACUAUUUUUGUAGUUCACAUCUGACUUCUUUUCUGAAAACUUUUUUGGCUGCAAACUUUUGUAAAAAUCUCCCAGGCCCUUUUUCACUUUCAGAUGAUUCAUGCGGUACAACGGUAUACAAUUGGUUCUUGGAUGAUAUUCUAGUUAUGCAAAUUGGGAAUUUAGGUCGUUGUUGAGAACAAGUCGCCUGGGGUCUUUCACAAGCGGGACGUAGGUCACCUCGCUUUGCUAGUAGAGACAUGUUGUGCCUGACCUUGACAAUACAGAACGCAAUUCGAUUAUGUUGGUGGAAUCAUCUGAGGUUGCGUAGCGCAACCACAAUCAGCCAUUGAGUGCUCCGUGUUGUCUUUGCAAAGGAGGCAAGACUGUCUCCUGUGUGGGUUCGACUGCAAGCCUCAAUCUCAACAAGCACAAGCAUUUCGUGCGUCAAUUUGAAGACAGCAUCCAUGUGCACGACCGGAAAAAAAAACGUAACUUCAUGAUCCUGUUGGAAGAUUGUGAUAUAGGCAAGAAAAAACUGGAAGUCGAGCAAACUAGUAAUCCGCUAUGAUACCAGCAUGUGCUUUCGUUGAUCAUUCUACUUACGUGUUGGUGUUUCACUGUAUGUGUAUCCGCUAUAGUGGUAGUGCAAUAAGAAUAAGUUCCAAGAAGCAGCCGGC